CUCAGAAUCACGCGCGCAUGCUCUCGACCAUCUCGCAGCUGCACGCGGCGCAGGCGUGGCGCGAGGGCUACACGGACGAGACGAUCGACCACGUCAAGUCCAAGCGCGUCCACGAGCUUCAUCAACUCAAGCGCUACAUCCACGAGCUCGAGGCAACCGUCGUCCGCAUCAAGCGCCAAAAGACGUCGGUGCUGCCAUGGGAAGACGUCGCCAAGGCACUCGCCGACGACACGCUCGACCGUGUCCAGUGCAACAUGCGGCUUCGUGGCGAGUGUGACUACAACCGGCGCGUGUGCCAAUUUCUGAAAGAUUGGGUCGACUCGAUGGUUCCGCCGCCGCUCACGCCGGGGCUAACCAAAGAUACGUGGCGCCACGCGACCAUCUUUGCCGGUGACGUUGCGACGCGCCAAGUUGGCUAUACGUGGUUGACGCGCCAGGUGUACGCCAACACGGACCGCGCGUUGGCCCGGCUAACGUUCCCAGAAGACGCGCCGGAUGCGCUGCAUGUCGACGUUGACCACCGCGACGUCGACGAUACAAUUCACAUUGAGAUCCACCAGCAAACCAUUUGGCCCUUUGCGUACGAUGAUGUCGUGGCAGCGUGUGCUAUCGCCAACAAGACAUUUGUUCAAACAGUACAAGCGCGCAGCGAUUGCGUCGAGGCGCUGACGCCGGUCGAUGACGACAUUACGUACGUCCAAGAAGAGAUGGGUCAUCCAGAUCGGCAAGCGAUCUUUGGUAACGUCCUCUACGGCACGUUUGCAGCCAACGCACGGCGCGCGAUCAUGGUCAAACGCUCGAUUAUCAAAGAUGAAGCCCACCCGAUUGCAAGCUCGGUCUGGACCCUCGACUCGAAAGGCUGGCUCGUCGUCGAACCCCUGCCCGAUGGACGCAGCCGCGUGCGCAUGCUCGAUGUCGUGGGCCACCCAUGCUCGGCCCGCGGGUUUGUGCCGAUUCUAGACCUUGCAGCCAUGCUGCAGUUGAGGCCGCGCAACGUGGACGAUGCCGUGCGUCUCAUGCGCCAACGCUUUGUCAUGGGCCAGGCCCACCAAGCCAAGCAGUUCAAGAACCUUGUCCAGACGCUGCUCGUGGAGCGGCUACGCCAACGACCAGAUUCGGCCGAGCAUAUUAUUUAAUAGAGUCGUUGGGAUGAACAUGA